CGCACUCUGUCACUUGGCCACUUCACGCCACCUCACAGAUCAUGGCAACGGGCCGUGAGCGACACUGCUCCCAUCCACAAUGACCACGGCAAGCAUCGCAUCCAAGGGCAAGCUGCGCGAGGAUGACCAGGGGGCUCAGCUCGGCCUGCUCGACCUCCCAGGCGACAUCCUGAGCCAGAUCGCGGCCUACCUACCCCUCUCCGAUGUCAUCCAAUUCCUCUCUCUCCACUCUGCGAUCCACGAGCUCACACACUCGCACCUCACGCCGCUGCGUCCCGUGAUCCGGGAUGCGCUUCGGCGUGGGCCGCCAUACCCGACAGCGCUGGAGGUCCUGCCGUCCAUCUCGCACCUGCUCGCGGCCGACGACGGUGCGCUCUUUCUCGAUGUUCUGGUCCGUGCGCCGGCCAAGUGGAUUCUCGAGCGGUUCGAGCUCGGCCGGUGGCGAGACCAUAUCUGGCAAGAGGCAUUUGACCGCCGCUUCCUCCCCAGCUGGAAACGGUACAAGCUGCCCGAGGACUCGUGGCGUGCAGCGUUCCUGCGUACCCUCGGCCGCAUCGAUCAUCGGGCCGUCGGAUGUGCUCACCACGAGAGCUGGACGCGGUUUCUUACCCUCAGGCGGAACGGGUCCGCGGCUAUCAACCGCAUCUACACUCGCACGUUCAACCCUAUGGAGAUCUACGACGAGUUGAAGCACCAGAGCAAUCUGGAUGACUACCCGACGCAGAUGCGCGUCGUGGUUCAUCUCCAAGACGUGCGGAUUCUCGCCGUUGGAGUGAUCUCGGAGAAGCCAUCCUACUACACCAACCCUAACGCGCAUCUCCUGCUCCACCCUCCACUGCUUCGUCAGAGGGGCGAUGUGGAGCUGGAGGAAUAUCGCCCUUUCAACAUGGAGCAAGAUACAGCUCCAGAGAAGACGAGGCGAGCCACAGCACCAGCCCUGGUUCCAGCACCGAGCUUGGUGCCGACUUCCCCUGUCCUGCAACCUGAUAUGGCUCCACUGGCACGCUCGACCUCCGCAGGGUCGACCUAUAGCAUUGGUGGCUCGGCCAUUCCCUUUGGCUCGCUGGAGAACACAUCCUUCUUAUCGACAUUAAGCAACUGGAUCCCCCGGAGACGGUCGUCGACCGAUGUUGACCCGGAGACUGACCGGCUCCUGAUGCUUGAUGGGACGAGGUUGACGACAGUGAGAAGCCGGGACGAGGAUCGUCGCCGAUGGAGCUUUUCUCGGUCCGGGAGAGCCAACUCUGUGUCGUCGCCUGGAGCGAGAUCGACAGCCCUACCUGUGCAAUUGCAGCCCGAUGGACCUUCCCGGCCAAGCGUUGCAUCGCCGACGCCUCCAACCACGGUUCUCCCCACGCUGCCAGAAGACCAUUCGCCGCCAAAGGCCUCAAUGUCCACCCCUGCGCCGCCCGAGUCAGAGGUCCGGCGCACGCCAUCUCCACCACCACGCCGACUGCCCUACCCCGUGCUCACCUACCCGACACCCGCAUUCAGCCACGAGCUGUACCCGAACCACACACCAUCACACCAAACCCACAUGAUGGUGCCAUCCACGGACCGACCAAUUCCCGGCCAAGAGCCAGCGUUCGACUCUGUGCCGGUCGUGCGUGACCUGCGCAGCGACCACGAGGAGCGUGGCGCCGACGUUGACGGCGCGUUGUGGUCCAACAAUGAGGCCGCGUGGCCUGACGGCGAGCAGAUGACCGAGUGGGCUAGUCACUCGUCCACUCGGCGGCGCUGGGUCGGCCCCGUAAUCCUCAUUGCGCAACUCUUCCCGUCGAGCCGCAAGGAAGCCAUCCCGGUCGGCGUUGCGCGCGACGCACCCGUUGAAGGCGCCAACCCCGAGUUUGGCCCGCAGGGCAAAUACAUGUCGCUUGGCUGGGAGGACUUGGGCGCGCUGUUCCCGUGGAUUGAGCUGCGUGGGUCUGGCGCGUUUCACGAUGUGCGGCGUGCUGGGAUGGGGUUUGAGACGGCCGAGAGUUAGUUUGCUAGCUGCAUGCAUUGGUGUGGUGGGCGUUGCGUCGUUGCGUGAUUUUGUGCUUC